AUGGCUUCCGAAAAGGUAGACCCCCCAGACGCGCUAGUCAGAGGACUGGUACAGGAAUGUGAAGAGCUUAAGAAAGGUUUGGUGAUAGGAUGCGACGCAAAUGCCCACCAUACUCAGUGGGGCUGCCCUAUCAACAACGACAGAGAGGCGCAACACGCAUACACCAAAGGUAAGUCGACCGAAUCGGCGCUACACUUGGUAGUAAGCAACAUCGAGAAAUCACUCAGUAUACAAGAAUACACCUUGAUCGCCUUCCUUGACAUAGAAGGAGCGUUCAACAACGUGCUCCCCACGGCAAUAACAGAAUCCCUCACUGAACUAGGGGUUGAGCCACCGCUGGUGGGGCUGAUCCACAAAUUGCUGAUAAGCAGAUUGGUCACGGCCACACUAGGGACCUCGACCCAGACUAGAUUAGUGAACAGAGGCACUCCGCAAGGAGGUGUACUAUCACCCCUUUUAUGGAAUAUCGCGGUAAAUAAACUACUGCGGAUUCUUGAAGGCGGAGGCUGUAAAAUAGUGGCAUACGCAGACGAUGUCGCUAUCAUCUUUAAUGGUAGAUACCCACAAACGUUAUGCGAUCUUAUGACCGCAAAACUAAAAACACUAUCGGAAUGGACUACAAAGAACGGACUUGGGGUAAAUCCCUCAAAAACGGAACUAGUCCUUUUUACAAAUAGAUACAAAAUCCCUAAACUUAACCCACCCACUUUAAACAACUGUAAUCUCUCUUUUAGUGAGCACGCAAGAUACUUGGGGUUAGUAUUAGAUAAGCGUCUUAAAUGGGGACUAAACAACCAAGAGAGAACCAAGAAAGCGACCAUUGCACUUUACUCUUGUAAAAAAGCAAUUGGGCUAAGAUGGGGUAUGUCUCCUAAAAUAGUCAAUUGGAUAUACAUAGCGGUAGUCAAGCCAAUCCUACUAUAUGGAGUGGCUCUGUGGUGGACCGCUUUACACAAACAAUGUAUCUUAACUCCACUUAACAAAGUACAGCGCAUGGCGGCCUUGUGUAUGAGUGGAGCCCUUCGAACUACCCCAAACGAAGCGCUGAAUGCGAUCUUGAACCUCCAGAGCCUGGACUUAGCAGGAAUGGAAAGGGCGAAAUCGGCAGCCAUUCGACUAAGGGAUACAGGGCAAUGGAAAGCCCAACUGUAUGGUCACGCUAAGAUUCUUCAGCAUGACAAAUUGAUCCCGCCAAAAACGGAUCUAUGUAAAACCCGUGAAUACAAUCACACGCCCUUCGAAGCUCUGAUCCCAGGCAGGGAAGUUUGGGAUCGUGGCCGACCGGGCUCAAUAGACGCAAUCUGUCUAUAUACAGACGGCUCCAAACUAGACGGACACGUAGGUGGAGGCAUAUACUCCGAGCAAUUAGAGAUCAGGCGGUCUUUCAGACUUCCUGACCACUGCAGUGUCUUCCAAGCGGAAGUGUACGCUAUAAUGGAAGCACUUGUCUGUUUAAGGGAGUUAAACACCCAGAACAGACACAUAAACAUAUAUAGUGAUAGCCAAGCGGCUAUUAAAUCAAUCUACUCGACAAACACAAACUCCCGAACAAUAGCAGACUGUCGCAAAUCUCUCCACGAGAUGGCUAAUCAGUUUACUGUCAGCCUUAUAUGGGUUCCGGGUCACCGGGAUAUCGUAGGCAACUGUAUAGCAGACGAGCUAGCCAGGCAAGGCACCACCAUACCUCUCCUUCCAGGAAAGGAGAAUGUCGGCAUGCCGAUGGCUACUUGUAAGCUAAUUAUUAAAAACCACUUCAGCAAAUUAGCCAACACUUAUUGGCAAAACACACCGCAAUGCCGAAUCUCUCACCAGACAUGGCCUGUAAUAAACAAUAAGAAAACAUCAGAACUACUCAAUUUCAGCCGCACUGAGUGCAGCAUGCUAAUUCGAGUACUCACAGGCCACUGGCUCGUUGGCGCACACGCCGGCAGGCUAAAAGCCCCAAAAAACGAUUUUUGCAGAAGCUGCAGGGAUGAGGAAGAAGAGGAAACGGUGGAACACCUACUCUGUUCAUGCCCAGCCCUUUGCAGGCUCAGACUGAAACACUUAGGAUAUCCUUUCAUAAAUGACCUGACCGAAAUAUCGCAGACUAACCUGAAGAGUCUAAGCUCUUUUAUUAAAUCCUCCGGAUGGGGGACCUGCUGAUCGACCAACUUACAGGCUGACUCUUAACGGAUAGGGGACCCAAAAAAUAGAGAUCAUACGGUAUCA